AUGGGUGCUUGUAUGAGCUCGAAUGUGGAGGACACGGAACAGAGAAAGAGGAGUCAAAUGAUUGAUAAGAAGCUGGAAGAGGAUUCGAAAAGACUUCGAAGAGAAUGCAAAAUCCUUCUACUAGGCUCGGGCGAGAGUGGUAAAUCAACCAUAGUUAAGCAGAUGAAAAUCAUACACCAGAAUGGCUACACCAUUGAUGAGUUGGCGUUGUACCGGUUAACGAUCUACAAGAAUUUGAUUGAUUGUGCAAAGGCAUUGGUUGGUGCAAUGCGACAGAUGGAGAUUGAGCCAGAGAACCCAGCGAACAAGGAGUACGGCUCAUUUUUGUUGGAGUAUAUUGUCGACCCUGAUCCUCAUACACCACUUAAUCCUCGAGUUGGCACGGCUGUGGCAUCAUUCUGGAAGGAUGGGCACAUUGAUCUUCUAUUGGCUCGGCAGAGUGAAUUCUAUUUAAUGGAUUCAGCACCAUAUUUCUUCGAAGAGGCCGGAAGGAUUGCAGCACACGAUUAUAUUCCUACCGAGGCCGAUGUUUUGAGGGCUAGAACAAAAACAACCGGUAUUUAUGAGACAAGAUUCACCAUGGGCUCUUUGAGUAUUCAUAUGUUUGAUGUUGGUGGCCAAAGAAGUGAGAGAAAGAAGUGGAUUCAUUGUUUCGAGAAUGUAACUUCAAUUAUAUUUUGCGUUGCGCUAAGUGAAUAUGAUCAGGUUCUUUUAGAGGAGAGUAAUCAGAAUCGUAUGAUGGAGAGUCUCGUCUUAUUCGACUCGGUUGUUAACUCAAGAUGGUUCAUGCGUACUAGUAUCAUUCUCUUUCUCAACAAGGUUGAUUUGUUCAAACAAAAGCUUGGUCGAUCACCUCUCGAAACUUACUUCCCAGAUUAUUCUGGUGGAAACGACUUGAAUAGAGCAGCAAAGUAUCUACUUUGGAGAUUCAAUCAGGUUAAUAGAGCUCAUCUGAAUCUAUAUCCACAUCUCACACAAGCUACUGAUACUUCGAAUAUUCGACUGGUGUUCGCUGCCGUUAAAGAGACCAUAUUACAAAAUGCUCUCAAAGACUCGGGCAUACUCUAA